GGAAGAAGAAGAAGAAGGCGACUGAGAGAGAACCCUACUCCUGGUUGGCUUCAAAAGCAACAAAAAGACCCGGAGAGACAGAGGACAAGAGCCAGGGAGUUCCUUCGGCGCCCCCCAGCCCGGAUCCUCGUCUCCAGAAGCGGGGAGAUGAACCUCAACUUCACCUCGCACGCGGUGGCCCACUCGGUGUCUUCCCACAGGCCAACUUCCUUCUUCAUCGAGGACAUCCUGCUCCACAAGCCCAAGCCCCUUCGGGAAGUGGCCCCCGAGCACUUCCACAGCCCCCUGGCCUCUCGGGUCCCUCUGCUGGACUAUGGGUACCCCCUGAUGCCCCCGCCGACCAUCCUGGCGCCUCACCCGCACCACCCGCUCCAUAAACCGGAUCAUCACCACCCUUAUUUCUUGACCACUUCGGGGGUGCCGGUGCCCGCUCUCUUCCAGCCUCACCCGCACGCCGAGCUGCCGGGCAAGCACUGCCGCCGUCGGAAGGCCCGCACCGUCUUCUCGGACUCGCAGCUCUCCGGCCUGGAGAAGCGCUUCGAGAUCCAGCGCUACCUUUCCACACCCGAGCGCGUCGAACUGGCCACAGCGCUCAGCCUCUCGGAGACCCAGGUGAAAACGUGGUUCCAGAACCGUCGGAUGAAGCACAAAAAGCAGCUGAGGAAGAGCCAGGACGACCCCAAGGCCCCCGGCGCGGAGGACAGCGCGGAGCAGGGGGCCAGCAGCGAGCCGGAGCAGGUGCAGCCAGACAAAACGGCGCCCGUCGCUUCUUCGGCCUCCUCCUCGGCCGAGCCCCGCAAGGGCGGCCACCCGCCGCCCUUCCUGCUAGAGGAGACCGAGGACGAGGUGGACAUAAUCGAAGGGGCGGAGCUGUGCGGUCCCCAGCACCUCAUCUAGGGCGAGCUCGGACUCCGGGACUCAGCCAAGAUGGGUUGGGGUGGGACUGGCCUGACGCGGGGAGGAGUGGGAUGGGCGGUCCGCUGCUAAAAGACUCCUGGGUCCACUUGAGGACAGGUGGCCGAUGGAUCUGACCCCAGACUCUGAUCCGAGAAGACCAAACCCCGGACAGAUGUGAGAGAACCCCUCUGACCCAUUCAUCCAUCCUCCUCCUCCCUGCUCCUUUUUAGGACUGGGAAUCUCCACCAACAUUUCCCCGCCCCGUCGAGUUAGGCAAAGGUUGUGGGAACAGGGCGGAGGAAACUGAGCGAGGCUCAGAAUCCGGAUCAGAUCCAUGCAGGUGAUCUCAGAUGGAGGAGGGAUUUGGACCAUGGCAUUUUUAAACAGCUGUAUUUUUGCGCGCGGGGCUGAGUGGAUUCCAUCCCCC